UCUCACUCUGACGGCGACCGUGCAGCUGUCAGGAACCAUGACUGAAGAUGACGGAUUCUGUCGUGGUGGAGGGAUACGCUAGACUGCGAGAUGGAAAGAAGUGGAAAACUAGGUGGCUCGUUCUUCGCAAGCCUUCGCCUGUAGCAGACUGCCUCGUGUUGCAAGUGUUUAAGGACAAGUCUGACAAAGCUCAGGGGAACAAGGAGCGUGCCAGUGUCACCUUGGAGGAGAUUUGCGGUCUGGAAACAGGGCAGUGGUACGAGAGUGUGGCCUUCACUUUGUCCAUCCUCUGCCUGAAUCAGGCUGCUCUGCUGGGCUUCGACAGCAGGGACACUCUUCAGGCCUGGGAGCUCCAUUUACGCUACACUCUAGGAGAAGUUCACAGAUUCAGUGUGGGAGUGUUGCCCGGGACAAAAUUAGAAAGCGGACCUGCAACUCUUCACCUUUGCAACAACCUCUUAGCUCUAGCUCGGGACAACCCCCCCACCAUCGUCGGCCACUGGAAUCUUCCAGACCUGCGCAGAUAUGGCCCUGUGCCUAAUGGGUUUGUGUUUGAGGGCGGAACCAGAUGUGGCUACUGGGCCGGUGUUUUUCUGCUCACAUCCGCUGAGAGUGAACAUAUCAGCUUUCUGUUCGACUGCAUUGUCCGAGGCAUUUCCCCCACAAAAGGCCCCUUUGGACUGCGACCAGUAUUGCCAGAUCCAAAUGCCAGUCAAACUAAUUCAGAAGAACGGUUGAACCACGAGACCCAGGAGUUGGAGAAGCGUCUGAGCAUGCUGUCCCACAGGAGCAGCACAGUGUCAUCUGUGUACUGUCCUUCUCCUGGUGGAGAUAAUCAAAGCAUUUCCGGAUCCUCCGACACCUCAGACACCAGCCAAUCAGAUGGCAGUAUUGGCAGCAGACUAGUUAUCUGGAGUGAGCCUUCAACCAACCAGCCAGAAAACACUGGGCCUGUGGGCAUUAAAGUCACAUCCCAAAAUGUAGAGAAGCUUUCCGUUACUCACGGGGCCGGGACAAGAACUCUCAUCAAGGCACCACGGCAGCUGCAGGAAAUCGGCCGACAAAGCUCAUCAGAUAGCGGAAUUGCCACCGGCAGCCAUUCCUCCUACUCCGGAAGUUAUUCCUCUUACACGAGCAGUGUGGACAUAACCCCUGCUGAGGAUUUUGGCUCGGUUUUUAGUUUGCCUCCACAUUUGGUGCAAGACCUGAGCCCUUGUACCUGCCCAACCAUCCCAGGGCACGAGUACCAGGUGCCAUCAUCACUGAGGUAUCUGUAUGACAGCCCCAGGAGUCUGGUGCAGGAGGCGGGUGGAGUUUCCAAAGAGUGUGAGGACUCACAUGAAGAACGCGCAACUGCAGCCUCAACAGACAUGUCCCAGAGUCCAUCAGAAAAUAUCCGGCAGUCAGUGAGCAGACAGGUGCAGGAGGGCUGGAGGAAAGCCAAGAUGGCGCCCUCUAGUGAAGCACGUUCUGGCUGCAGCUCUGUCACAUCGGGCCCCAAGACCAUAAUAACCAUCUGCUCAGUAUGUGAUGGAUUCAAGACAACACCUUUCAUUCCUGCCAGCAGUUUGGUAGUUCCAGCAGUACCAGCAGAUCAAAGUGUUGACACGUGGCCAUGCAGAAAACUGACAGGGAUCCAGGACAACAGCGCUGUGAUAAAGGCCACGCCUGGCUCCAUCCUUAGCUCAGGGAAGACGAACAAGGAGACCCUUCUGCCAAAGAAAUUAACCACUCUGCUGGCCGAUCUACUGCACUAUCCAAGAGUGGAUCGGGAGCCAGAAGCAAACAUCUGCAAACUGAACUUGUACGAGUCGAUGAGCCCGACGUCAGCAAAACUCUCACCACCAUCACCAAUACAAGAGCACCAGCGAGACCCUGUCAUUUAUGAGAACUGUCUCAAGUGUCUGGGAGCACAGUGUCACCCACUGCCACAUGUCCUGCCUGCUCACAUGCUCCAUAACAGAGGCAAUUUCAAAUCCCAUGUACAUUUUAAUGGCCUGCAUCAUAACGCAAACCAGGAGCUGGAGGCUUAUCAUAAAGCUGCAGGUCUGCACUCACGUGACAUGGAUUUCCAGUGGGAAGAGAUGAAUGGUCAGGAAGAGACCAGGGAAGACAAAAGGCUUUGCGUCAAAGAAGAACGAUCUAGAGCUGACCACGCUUACGAGAUCAUGGAGAGUCCAGUCCCAGAGAGGAACUCGGAGGGAGAAGAGAAAAGCAAGUAUGAGCUGAUGAGCAGAUGUGGACAGCAAAAGUUUCUCCAAGACACAGAGGGAAAGAGCUCCACCAAGUAUGCUCAGAUCGACAUCGCAGCCACAGAGACGGCUCAUAAAGUGGGCACACAGCACGCGCUGGGUCGGCAGGAAGGCCUGCACACUCUGGAGCUCAGGCGGAGGACAACACAACACUGACGGCCAUGUCGACUGAGCUCGCUGUAUAAGUUGGACACAGUGACAACACCUUGGAAAUCUGGAGGCAGACCGUAGCUGACCUCGUCACCGUGCUGGGAUCCAGGUUUCAUCGUAAGGCGAUAUGACAGUCUGGCCUCCUGAGAAAGUGUUUUGGCACUGGAUCAGUUUUUGGCAUCUCAUUAAAUGGCAUCAUGUCAGCGUGGCAGCCCGAGGCGCGAACGUGAAGAUGUGCCAGCUGGAGCUGAGUCAGCAGCUCUGAUAAGUUCAACAAUCGUGUUAUCUUUGCGUCAUAGCGUCUCUCACCGCCCCAACUCUCGGUUGCAUCUCUGCUCAAAUUAUUGCUCAUGUAAGAACGUGCUUUCCUGGAGUCCUUCAGCACAUGACCUCGAUCUCACACUGAGCACGUGCAAGCAGGUGCAGGACGGUGGUAUGUAAAGAAAACACUUUCUAACCUGUCUUUGCCUCCUACAGACUCUCGCCCUCCUUUCUCCUCCCUUCUUUUCCUCUUGCUUCAGAGCCGUCAGGUUAAGUCAUUGACCGGUCAGUCUGCCUCUAAAAGGAACCGCACCAAACAUAACUUUGACUGGACAAUAAAGCUGUAAACUUGAGGAGGAUGACUGUUGAAUGUAAUGUAGCAUGAGAGGAUCUUGUGGGUCCCUCACCACUUUGAGUGAGAGAGAGACGGGUAAUGAUCAGCUCCUCUCCUCUUCAGUCUGGAUAGAAAACACAUCCAAUGAUUAUAUGAAACUUACUUGUUUUUGAAGUAGCAAGUUAGGCGCAGUUCAACUCCUGAUGUUUGUUUUGCAACUCAGAUGUGUCCUGGACAGACCAUGUAGCGGUUAGCUAGCUCGGUCAAGAAACCAAGCAGCUGUGUCCAACAAUGUUCCUCCAUGUGACCACUGGCUAUGGCUGUCAGAACAAGGCCUUCUGGUUUCAUCUGGAGUCAUCCACCAGAGCUCAGUUCUUUUGAUUGGUAACUCCUACGUUGUCUUCUCAAAGACAAAAUAUUACUUUUAACUAAUAUGCUGAUAUUGUUCAUCAUGAAGGCAUCUGUAUCAGAAAGAUGGAAACAAAAUUAAUCAUCCAGAUGCUCAGGUUUUAGUUGAGAUAAUGAAAAUGUGGAAAACUGCGUUGCAAUCGAUCUGUAUCAACCAAGAAAGAAACCUGAAGUGUGCCAGAACAGCUCAGAUGCCAGGUUUCGAGGAGUACAUAGCAUUAACAUUCUUGCUCACCAGCAUGUUUUUACGCCAUUUGAAGUGUGAAACACUGUCGCUGCCUGCAGCCAUGUUUAUAUAACCUUCUUCAACCACUGACAAACAUCUGUCUUGACGUUUACCUCGGCCUUUAUGUUGCUAGGCUUGUAUGUAUUUUUUCCAACACAUAUAUUCAUAACAUUAUCAAACACAUUUUGAUGGCUGUGGGAAUAGACUUCAGUCAUGCCUGUGUGUGUGUGUGUGAGAGAGUGAGAGACGGCUGCCCUGCACAUCAGUGUGCUUUUUGACCGACAGACAGAUACUAAAGCAUUCCUUUUAAAUUAUGACAUGAUUCACAGCCGUUUUCUUUCUUGUCUUUAGGCACUGCAUCUUUCUAUAUCACCAUUGAGCUUGUGCCACAAUGUAUCCACAGCUUUGUAAGGAGUCUCAGCUGCAUGAGGCCCAAUUGCUGGCCUGCUUUUAGAAGGUACUUAACCCUGUAGAAACGGUGAAAACCCUUGUCCUUUAAACUGUUCCCCCUUUCUUUAACAUCAGCAGUGAGAUGUUACAGGUCUAUCGAUGGUGACCCGACGCUUUAAGAGUAUGUGUAUAUGUGUUCCCUGUGGUGAAAAAUAACAGUUUAUUUGGAUAUGUGUGAUGAAAUAUACAUGUGAUGACAGGAAUAUUUGCAACGAUGGAAGAGAGUGUGAGCGUUUCCCUGAAGCAUUUCUUUUCUUGUUCCACCAUUUGUUCUGUAAAUUAUUGAUUAUUUUAGCUACACAACUGCUUUGCUGUGAAUUUUGUUCAUGGAAGGAACUGUGGGCCCUUUUGAAGCGUAAGCAUCACAAACACAGAAUUACAUCAUGUUUGUUUUCAUUCCGUAGUUUUGGUUCAGCACAUCCUGAAGUAGAGUUUUUGCAAAUAUUGUGGGCUGAAGCAUCCAUGUGUUAACCCAUCCAAUAAAACAAACAGCUUUUAUCAAAACUAUAAGUUGUGCGUGUCUGUAACUCUACUUCGGUUUAAGAGGUGAACUUCAACUUCAACAAAAUGCAGUUAUUGUUGAUUUUUUUUAAUUAAUUCAUUUCUAAUGUCUCACGCACUGCUGGAGCCCCCAAUCUCCAGUCUUCUAUG